GUGACAGAGAGGCUCCUUAUUUUCACUCUCAUAUUGUUCCCCAAUUUCACAUCUUGGUGUCUCUUUUUCUUGGCCUUAACGAAUAUCUGUUACCUAGUCCAUUCCCAAAGCUUACUACAUGGCUUAAUGAUAUCAUCAUUGUAUCGACAUUGCACGUUUUGGCUUGAGCGACUUGCAAUGAUUCUUGUGGCAGCACAACAUGUGUUUUCCGAGCGUAGCUUUUGGUCCAUGGCCAUAGCCUACUUUGCACUGUCCAAUAUGCUUUACUUGGCACAUCUGAAGAAGCUGCCGCAGAAGGUCUUUUUACCCGGUUCGUCUUUUUACGGACCUAACCCUACUGAGGGACGUUGUUACCACUUUUGGUUUCGAUUGGCAGUAAUUCUCCUAGCUUCGCUGCCGUUGAAUUCCGUUCUUAACUUAGUGAUUGAGAACUUUUUGUAUACUUUAUUGGGAUCAUUUGCUGUGCCGGUAAUCGUGGUUAAGUUUAUAAAGCCAGGGAAUUUGUCGGACAUGCUUACUUAUAAUACCCCGAAGACCUUAAGUACUCGCAUCCUUAACUUUAAUGAUACUGAGUAUCUAUUUUGGUUUGAGAGAGCGGUGACAAUCUUGCUCCUAAUAGCCUACGGUAUUAAUCAUGAAUCUGCAGCCUCCAGUUGGCAUCUAGCUGCUUGUCUCUUCUCUGUAACCAAUUCAGUCUACUUCAUAAAUUUCAUUGAGCUCAUUCUCCAUGUUAUCAGUCCUAAUGUUGAAAACGCCAAAGCUGAAGCAACAAAUGAAUGUCCAUCAAAAGAAGCAUCAAAUGUAGAUCAUGCCAAAGAUGAAUCUCCUUCGACAGAAGCAUCAAAAGAAGAUGCCAAAGCUGAAGCAAAAGAUGAAUCUCCAUCGAAAGAAGACGCCGAAACAGAAGCAAAAGAUAAAUCUCCACCUAAAGAAGCCGAUGUCAAAGCUAAAGUAAAAAGUCAAUCUAUGUCGAAGCAAUCAUCAGAAAAGGAUCAAAGUAGCAGAAAACUAGGAAGUACUACUAACGAACGGCUGAAGUUUUAUCAACGGACGAGCCUGAUGACUGGUGCUACUUCUCCAUUGUCCCAAAACCAAUUCCCUUACCCCUUCCCUGCACAUUUAUGUCCAACUCCACUACUGAACACGCCAAUGAUGAAUAAUAUUCCCCAUAUUCCUGUUCAAUAUUAUUCAUUACCAACUCCAGGAAUGAGCACUCAAACGAUCAACUACCAAAGCCCAAAGGUUAUAACGCUGGGCAAGGAGAGCAUCACAUCUCUGAGAGCAGAGAGAACAAAAUGGGAAGCGGAGAAAAAGGGCCUCACUGCAAAACUCGAAAAGAGCCAACAACUACUUGCCAAGCUAGAGAGCAAGGAUAACAAGCGAGAAGAGAAAAUCAAAUGGGAAGCGGAGAAAGAGGACCUCGUUGCGAAUCUCGAGAAGCUAGCAAAAGAGAAGUCCGUCCUGAUGGCCAACGCCGAAGCGCUGAAACAACACAAAGACGAGUGCGAGGAAGAGGUUGAGAAGCUGAAAGCCGAGGUGAAGGUGCUGGAGUCGGUAUCGGAGCACGACCAGUCGAUGUUGCUCGUGCUAGAGCAGAGGAGCAAAGACUUGGUGGACGAGAAGAAGGGGCUCCUUGUCAAGUGGAAGAAAAGGUGGAGAAGAUGGAAAAGCGAGAAGGAUAGGCUCAAGGAGAAGCUCGAGAACGCGGAGGCUCGGUGCGAGUACUACUCGUCUGUGACGGGUGAUUUUGCGGAAAAGAGCUUGGAGUGGGAUGCGGAGAAGGAGCGUCUGAGGGGGGAGCUUUGUGAGGCCAAUGAGCGGUGUGAGCUUUACAAGAGCCUAUUGCGCGAGGGAGGUUAUGGGACUCCCAAGUUUCCUUCAGUUUAGAGUUUAGACUUUAAUUUAGC